UCUCUCUCUCUCUCUCUCUCUCUCUCUCAUCCCCAGGCUCGGAGGCUCCCUCCAUUUCUACGUGACUCGAGCCUGCCUGCCUGCCAGUGCCAGCCCGAGCUGUUCUAAUCCAAUUCCCCAUCCCGAGAACCGCCCCCAGAAACUAGGGGCAGGGGCGCACCAAGAACCACCCACGGCCACUGCACAUUGCACAAACCUCGGUGAGCGCGAGGGGAGAGAGAGGGAGCCGGAGCCCGAUUCCCCCAAUCCCCGCCGCCCACCGGAACCGGCAAUUCGGUCGGUGUCCCUCCUCCCUCCCUGCGCGCGCGCAGCCCGGCGAGUGUGACUCCUUCGUCCCCGGGUUCGCUCGUUCCAGAUUUCCGCCGGGACGAGCCGUCCACCUCGCGGUGGUCUUGGAUCGGGCCACCGGCGCCGCGGAAAAAGCCGCCUCUUUUUUCCGCGGUCGGGCGCCGGGCUUUUUGGUCCGCCGUCGCGCCACCUGUGCUGUGGUGGUUCCGGUUCUUAUCCGGAACCGGAAGGGCAUCUGAGGAGGGUGGGGCGGGCCAGGAGCGGCACGUGACGAGCGGUUGGCGAUGGCGACGAUGGGGGUGAGAAAGCGCAGCGGCGAGGGCCGGGCGCCGAGGCGUGCAUAAAGGAGGAGGCGGGGAUCCCGUGGCGUCGAGAGGGAGGGAGAGGAGAUCUGGGCUCCUGAGCUGCUGAGCCGGGCGAGAGGUAGGCGGUGAGCCGGUGAAGCAGAGGUCGUCGAGGAAUGGGGACCGCGGUGGAUGCGGCGGCGUUCGGGUCGGUGGACGGGGUGGUCGGGGAGGUCAUGCGGCUGCACCGCUCGCUGCCGGCGCGCCCGUCGCUGGAGGAGGUGGAGGCCGCGGAGGCGCUGGCGCACGCCGCGGACCGGGAGGAGCGGGCGCGCCUCGACGCCGUGUCGCGCCUGCGCAGGUCGCCCGCCGUGCCCGACGAGCUCUUCGGCGUCGCGCUCGAGAUGCACCGCGCGCUCGCUGCCUUCCAGUGCCGGGAGCAGAAGCGCGACGCCACGCGGCUGCUCGAGCUCGACGCGCUUCACGCGCUCUUCGACGACCUCAUCCAGCGCGCGUCGCAGUGCGUGCCCUCCAGCUCCAGCUCCAGCUCCACCCGCGCCGCGCCGCGCGUCACUGCCGCCCCCGCCGCUGCAUCCACCUCUGCCGCCUCCUCGUCGUCGUCGGUGGCUGCGGACAGCAACACCGACCGCUACUCGUCGACGGGCACUAAUGGGUUCAGUGCGGCGAGGAAGGUGACGGGCACUGGGCGCGUCUCCAUGGAUGACAGCUACGUCAAGAAGGCCAAGGCCGCAGUAUGGGACGAUGGUGUUGUGCCAGCGAGCUUGCAUACGCCCCGAAGAGUUGUUGAAGCAAACUCCAUGGCGGCUCGAGUGGAUGGCGGCUACGGCGACAGCGACGAGAAGUUGUCCCUCAUUAAGCUAGCUAGCAUGAUUGAAGUUGCUGCAAAGAAAGGCUCUUGCGAUCUCAACCUCCAAGGCAAACUCAUGAACCAGAUUGAGUGGCUGCCUGAUUCUAUUGGAAAGCUCACUAGGCUUGUUACCCUUGAUAUUUCGGAGAAUCGGAUCUUGGCUUUGCCAGAUGCAAUUGGGAGGCUUUCUUCUUUGGCCAAAUUGGACCUUCAUUCCAAUCGAAUUGCGCAGCUCCCUGAGUCGAUUGGGGAUCUCUGCAAUUUGAUGUAUCUCGAUCUGAGGGGUAAUCAGUUAGCAUCAUUGCCCUCUAGUCUUGGCAGGCUGGUAAAGCUUGAGGAGCUUGAUGUGAGCGCAAACCAUCUUACCUCACUCCCUGAAUCAAUAGGAAGCCUUGCACGUCUGAAGAAGUUAAUCAUCGAGACAAACAACCUUGAUGAGCUGCCAUACACUAUUGGCCAUUGUGUUUCACUGGUAGAACUGCAGGCGGGCUAUAAUCAUCUCAAGGCCCUCCCAGAGGCUGUCGGAAAGCUAGAGUCUCUGGAGGUCCUCUCUGUGCGGUACAACAGUAUCAGGGGGCUUCCAACAACAAUGGCAUCUCUCACAAAGCUGAAGGAGGUUGAUGCAAGUUUCAAUGAGCUCGAUUCUAUUCCUGAGAACUUCUGCUUUGUUACUUCUCUUGUUAAACUGAAUGUCGGGAACAAUUUCGCGGACCUGCGAUCCCUGCCUCGUUCCAUUGGCAACCUUGAGAUGUUGGAAGAGUUGGAUAUAAGCAAUAAUCAGAUUAGGGUGCUUCCAGAUUCUUUUGGAAACUUGCAGCGUCUCCGUGUCCUCCGCGCAGAAGAAAACCCUCUACAAGUGCCACCAAGAGAUGUAGCUUUAAAGGGAGCUCAGGCUGCUGUGCAAUACAUGAGUGAACAUGUCGCCAAGAGAGCCACAAGGUCACAACCGACAAAGACAAAGAAGACUUGGGCUCAGUUCUGCUUUUUCUCCAGGCCUAACAAAAGAAAGCAUGACCGGAUAGACACUGCUUCAUGAUUUAUUCGGAGAUUGACGACACUGCUAUUUCAUCCCUUACAUCUGCAGAAGUACAAAUGGGUGCAUCCUCUUCGAUUGCUACCAUUGUGAGGAUGGGUCAGCAAGAUGUGAUGCCCAGAGCUUUUCCUUCGACAAUUCUGCAACUUUCUUCUGUGGAACCAAAAUGGUCAGGUUUUAUCAAACCUGCUCACAAUCCUUUCCAACAGGCCAACUCAACUUUGAAUAACCCCUGGAAGAUCCCUACUUCAGCUAAAGAGUCCAGAAGUUAUGUAGUCAGUCAGGCUUUUUCAUGGUCUGAGUGCAGCUGAGUAAAGAGAACUAGAUUGCUGAACUUCGUUAGCCUGCCGCACAACUUGUCAAUAUGAAAAAUAUACAUGCAUCUAGUGAAACUAAGACUUUUUUUAUUUAUAAAAUUUGCUUUUGGCGAGCUUUUUCUUUCUUUCUUUGACCAAGUGUUCUUUUAAAAUUCUAAGACAGGACCCAAAUCCGCAAGGCACAACAGGAUGGUUGGAUUGAAAAUUAGUACAGUCAAAGUCUUACGGAUAUGCUGGUGUAACUUUGUUUCCUUUUGUAAUCCGUACUGUUCAAUGCAUUCUGAACAGUUUUCUUGCAACUUAUUUAAGUCAUUAAGUGUACAAUCUUUCUGGAGAUAUUCAGGAAACAUAACAUUUUGCA